AUGGCUUCAGUCGCAAAGGGCAGGCCUUCGCGCCGCUCUGUUCCCCGCCGGAGUUAUGUCGUCGAAGAUACGUCUGAAUCGGAGGACCCCGGAAAUGUGACACCAACACCUGAUACGCACGAUGACGAUGACGAGGUGGAGGAGGAUUACACACCAGUCCCUAAGAAAGCAAGGAGAGCAUCAAGUAAAAGAAUGACACUAGAUCCUGUGACACCUUCUACUGUGCGCCCUGCCAGCAAGCCCCAAGAAGCGACAACAGAUGAUUCCGAUGCGAUGGACACCGAUGCAGUGGACACCGACGCGAUGGACACUGAUGCGAUGGACAUCGACGAAGAAAAUGAUGAGAACGACGAGGGCGUUAGUAUGGCGUCAAGGGAAGCCGAUCCAGAAUCUCCGUCCAGUAAAGCGGCGUUGAAAAGAAAAAGUAUGGCUCAUCCCCGCAAGAGUCACGGCUCAAUCACACCCAGGCCGGCACAGGGCUCACUUCCAACUCCAGAGCCAUCCCAAUCGCCAGAGCCUCAAGAAAGAGCGCACCGAUCAAGCGUGCCACCUUUGUCCGAUAUCACCGAAUCCGCCGUGAAUCAGUCACCAUCGAAACAAUUGGAAGAGCCCAAAUCUCAGAUUUCCAUUAUAAACCCGAACUCGACAGUGUUGGAGAGGCCUAUGGACAUUGUGGCCAAGUCCAGAACGCAGGUCCCUCAAGCGCCCGAGGAGCCCGCGGCGCCCAAGCCCCGAAUGAUUAUUGAUAACCUUAUUCUGACAAACUUCAAGAGUUACGCUGGGCAGCAGAUUGUUGGUCCAUUCCACGCCUCCUUUUCGUCCGUAGUUGGACCGAACGGCUCCGGAAAGUCCAACGUGAUUGACUCGCUCCUAUUCGUGUUCGGCUUCCGCGCCAGCAAGAUGCGACAGGGCAAAAUCUCCGCGCUGAUCCAUAACUCUGCUCAGUACCCCAAUCUCGCAUAUUGUGAAGUCGAGGUUCAUUUCUCCCAAGUCCUCGAUUUGCCUGAAGGUGGCCAGCAAGUGGUCCCAGAUUCCCAACUGAUUGUUUCGCGACGAGCGUUCAAGAAUAACACCAGCAAAUACUACAUGAACAAAAAGGAGACCAAUUUCACGGCUGUGACGACCUUCCUCCGUGACCGUGGAAUUGAUCUUGACCACAAACGGUUCUUGAUUUUGCAGGGUGAGGUCGAGUCGAUCGCUCAAAUGAAGCCAAAAGCCUCCAAUGAACACGAUGAAGGCCUCUUGGAGUACCUGGAAGAUAUCAUUGGAACUUCCAAAUACAAGACACCUAUCGAUGAAGCGGCAACCGAGCUCGAAGCUCUCAAUGACGUAUGCGUUGAGAAGAACAACCGUGUCCAACACGUGGAGAAGGAGAAGACGGCCUUGGUGGAUAAGAAAGACAAAGCUCUAGCUUAUAUCCGCGAGGAGAACGAGCUGGCCCAGAAGCAAUCAGCGCUCUGUCAGAUUUACAUAGAGGAGUGUGCUGAUAAUGUUCGUGUUACGGAAGAGGCCAUUCUCCAAAUGCAGGAGCUACUCAACAUGGAACUCGAGAAACACGAGGGAAAUGAAUCCGGCAUCAAAGAGCUCGAAAAAGCUUACAAAAAGGGUGUCCGUCAUUACGAGUCGAUAGAGAAGGAGACCCAAAGCUUGCUCAAGGAGAUGGCCAAGUACGACAAGGAGUCUGUCAAGUUUGAGGAGAAAAAGAAAUUCUUGCUCGGCAAACAGAAGAAGCUAGAGAAGGCCAUGCAGACCAGCCGCCUUGCUGCUUCGGAAUGUCAGAGCUUGGUCGAGAAGUUUACCUACGACAUUGAGAAGAAGACUGCCGAAACGACCCAGUUCGAGAAAGAGAUGGUGAUAGAAGAGAAGGAACUGAACUCAAUUCGUGAGGGGCUCAAAGGCAAGACGCAAGGCCUAUCUGAUCAGAUUGCUGAGAAGCAAAAGUCAUUGGAGCCAUGGAAUGCGAAGAUCAAUGAAAAACAGUCCGCAGUCGCAGUAGCUCAGAGUGAGCUGGAUAUCUUGCGUGAGCGGGGCAACGCUGGCACUGUCCUUCUUGAAGAGGCGCAGGCCAAGGUUGUUUCAAUCGAAGAGAGUCUGCAAGCCAAACAAAACGAUCUCGAAGAGCGACAAGCCCAGAAAGAGACUUUGGAGUCUGAAGUGGAGAAGCUCAAGCACGACUUGAAGAAAUACGCUGGUCGUGAGCCCGAGGUUCGUUCGCAUAUCACAAGUGCCCGUCAAAAAGCAGAUGAAGCACGAGUCAGUCUCGCAAGCACACAAAACCGCGGCAGUGUCUUGACUGGAUUGAUGCGCCUCAAGGAGUCUGGCCGUAUCGAUGGUUUCCAUGGCCGACUUGGUAAUCUGGGCACAAUUGAUGAGAAAUAUGAUGUCGCUAUUUCUACAGCUUGUCCUGCUCUCGAUAACAUGGUGGUGGAGACCGUGGAAGUCGGCCAGCAAUGCAUCGACUAUUUGCGCAAGAACAACCUUGGUCGAGCGAACUUCAUUCUUCUUGACCGCCUCCCCGCCCCGAAGGAUCCAAAGUUCGCCCCAGCCUUCUACAGCGUGAUGCAGAACACGUUAGUUGCUAAGGAUUUGGAGCAGGCGAACCGUAUUGCCUAUGGUGCUCGCCGCUGGCGAGUUGUGACAGAAGAUGGCCAGUUGAUUGAUGUGUCUGGAACAAUGAGCGGUGGUGGCACCCGUGUUGCCCGAGGCGGUAUGUCCUCGAAGCAAGUCGCAGACACCACAAAGGAGCAGGUGUCUCGGUUGGAAUCAGAUCUCGAGGAACUGGAAAAGAAAUUCCAGGCCUUCCAGGACAAGCAGCGGAAUGUGGAGGCUCAGAUGAAGGAAAGGUCGGAAGAAAUCCCACGCCUGGAGACUAAGAUCCAAAAGAUUAUGAUUGAGAUCGACAGCACAAAGCGUAGUCUUGCUGAUGCCCAGCGACGCGUAAAGGAGCUUGGCGCACAGCACCAGCCAUCUGAUUCGGAUGAAGCCCAAGUUGCUGCCCUCGAGAAACAGAUUGCCAAAGCCCAAAAGGAGAUCGCUAAACUCAAUGACGAAAAGAGUGGCAUCGAGGAAGAGAUCCAGACCUUGCAGAGCAAGAUCAUGGAGGUCGGUGGUGUUCGGCUUCGUGGUCAAAAGGCGAAGGUGGAUGGCUUGAAAGAGCAGAUUGGCAUGCUUGCUGAGGAGAUCUCGAACGCAGAGGGGCAGCUGUCCAAGAACGAAAAACUGAUCAAAAAGCACACCAAAGCCCGCGAUGUUUCAGAGCAGGAGAUCGGUCAGAUCGCGGAGGAGUUGGAGAAACUGGAAGAAGACGUUGCGAACCAGACCAAUGAAUCUGCCGACUGGAGACAGAAGGCCGAUGAAGCCCAGGAGGCUUUGGAAUCUAAAAAGGGCGAAUUGAAGGCCAUGAAGGAUGAGCUUGACGCAAAGGUGGCUGAGCUCAAUGAGACAAGAGCUGCUGAGAUCGAGAUGCGCAAUAAACUGGAAGAGAACCAAAAGGCCUUGGCUGAGAACCAAAAGCGCAGUCGUUACUGGGAGGAGAAGCUUUCAAAGCUGACUAUCCAGAACAUCAGCGAUAUUGGUGAAGAGCAGGAGCCCAUAGAGCUUCAGAUGUACACCAAGGACGAGUUAGACGCUAUGAACAAGGAUUCCCUGAAAGCCGUCAUUGCUGCUUUGGAGGAGAAGGUUCAAAAUGCCUCUAUCGAUUUGUCAGUCAUCGAGGAAUACCGCCGCCGAGCCGCCGAGCAUGAAUCACGCUCAGCAGAUCUGACAACCGCUUUGGCCUCACGAGACGCUGCCAAGGCACGCCUAGACGGGCUUCGAUCUUCUCGCCUGAAUGGAUUCAUGGAAGGAUUUGGAAUUAUCUCUUUGCGCCUCAAAGAAAUGUACCAGAUGAUCACCAUGGGCGGUAACGCCGAGUUGGAACUCGUUGACUCAUUAGACCCUUUCUCGGAAGGCAUCUUGUUCUCGGUCAUGCCUCCCAAGAAGAGCUGGAAGAACAUUGGUAAUCUGUCUGGUGGAGAGAAGACUUUGUCCAGUUUGGCGCUAGUCUUCGCUCUUCACCACUACAAGCCUACUCCGCUCUAUGUCAUGGACGAGAUCGAUGCCGCCCUGGACUUCCGAAAUGUUUCCAUCGUUGCCUCGUACAUCAAGGAGCGAACGAAGAAUGCCCAAUUCAUUGUCAUUUCAUUGAGAAACAAUAUGUUCGAGCUUGCUGCCCGACUCGUCGGUGUCUACAAGGUCAACCACAUGACCAAGAGUGUGACGAUCGAGAACCGGGAUUAUAUCACCGGUCGAUAA